AUGCUGUCACAAUUGACACCUUCUUUUACCUUGAGAACUCUAACUCAUAUGUGUUCCCCAUGUUCACUUUUCUCCUCUCAGCCUUCCCACCACUGUUCCAUCAUGCGGCACCUGAUCUCGUGGACACCACGUGCCCAGUGGUCACCCAGGCACUUAAAGCUGGUGGCUGUCUAUGUGCUGGUGCUCUUGGUAUCAUUCAGCUUUGCUUCAGGACAGAGCAGACCAUUUAAACAUCAGAUAGACAACAGAAGUCCUGAGAUUGAUCCUUUUUGGUACGUGGGCCGUGGUGUUCGCCCUAUCGGUCGGUUUGGGAAGAGGCAGAUGAGAAGCAGCCGUGGCAGCCUGAGGCCUGUGAGCAGGCACCUGGAUUUCAUCUUGAAUGCUUUGUGGGAACAAGAAGUGUCAGACACAGGAGACAAUGACUGGUGAUCCCUCUUCCUCGAAGUGGUGACUUAAUAUCAAUUCUUUUAAUUGUGCCCUCCCCUGCACCUCAGACCUCUGGUUCUGCUUUGGUCUAGAAAUCCCUUGCUGCUCUUUCUGCUGCUUCUGCAAGUUUCUUCAAAAAGAAACAUAUCCAGGGUGCAGGUAA